AUGAAUGAUGACUAUUACAAAAUACUCGGUGUGUCUCCUUCUUCUUCAUUGCAACAAAUCAAAAGAAGAUAUCAUUUAUUAGCAAAACAAUACCAUCCAGAUAGAAAUCCAAAUUCAACUGAAUUUAAUGCUAUUGCAGAGGCCUAUUCAGUAUUAGAAGACCCACAUAAAAGGAUAUUAUAUAAUUUAUAUGGAAAAAAUGCAGUAAAUGUAGCUGAAUACAUUAAUAUUCCAAUAACACAAAAACCAUUAUCAAAACAAAAUAGAAUGAUUAUGUUAUUUAUAUCAUUAAUUCUUAUUCUUUUAGAGCAUAUAUUACAAUUACCAUUAAUAAUUAUAUCAUCUACAAUUUGUCAUAUUUAUUUAACAAAACAAAUCCCAUGGAAAACAAUUGUAGUAGUUUUAAUAAUAUCAUCAAUAUAUUCUUUGUUACAAUAUUUUUAUCAAUUUGAAACUGGAAUAGUUGAUCACAUAUUUAUUUAUUCUGAAUUAGUGUUAAUAAUAAAUGAUGGUCAUACUCUUUCAUGGGAUUAUUCUUUUAUUGUAUGGAUAUUCCUUUGUUUUCUUUCAUAUAUACAUCCUAUUCAUAGCCCUUUAUGUAUUGGCUCUUUUAACAUAGCAAUAGGUGCAAUUUUAACAACUUCAUGUUUUAUGAGAGUAUGUGCAUCCGAUGAUACUAACUCUCAUUUUUUUAGAAAUGCAACACAUAUUAUGUACGCUGUUCCAGAUCUUCAAUACGGAUUAUUAGUUUUAUUUGCUUUUUGGUUUUUCCAUGGAAUAGUUGAUUCAUUAAUUGGUUCAUCUUUAGAAUAUGUUACAAUUUCCAUUCAAUUCUUUCCUUUAAACUCUCAACCAAUUUCAUAUAUAAUUGUUUUUGUAACUUUUAUAUUGUCAUUAGUCGUUUAUAAAUUCCUUCCACCAAUAUUAGUUUAUUUCUUUUCUAGUGCAGUUGUUCAUUUUUUAAUUGCUUCACUCUGUAUUAGAGUUGCUGGUCCUUCUAUAAAGAAUGCUCUUAUUCAUAAAACACCAAAAAAAAUUAGAUUUGGUGGUCCUUAUAUCAUUCGUGAUUGUACUGAUAUUGGCCCUCCUCAAAUGACUUUUGCUGAUCUUUGUAAAGAUGUCUCAGUUCGUCAACCAAUCGAAUGGGAAAUUGAAAAAAGUGAUUCUCGUUGGAAGGUAUUAGUAGGAAUAUCAAUUUUUACAUAUUUAAUGGAGUUAUUAUUUUGUUCUAUUAACACCAAUAUGCAUUUCUUUCGUUCAGUAACAAUUGGUUAUGGAUUAAGUGUUGCAAUGUUUGGCUUUGGAGAAAUAUUGGAAAUGCAUCACAAAUUAUAA